GUGCAGUGCGGGGCCCGGGCCCGCCCCGUCCGCCCCUCCCCCCGCCGCCAUGUUCGCGGCGCCGCUGCGCUGGGCCCGCAGGCCGGUGUUCCUAGCAGGCUGCAUGGCCAUGGCCACGGCCGGGAGGAGCAGCCCGCCCCGCCGCGCCAACCGGCUGCUCUACGAGAAGUCCCCGUACCUGCAGCAGCACGCCCACAACCCCGUGGACUGGUACCCAUGGGGUCAGGAAGCCUUUGAUAAAGCGAGGCAGGAGAACAAGCUGAUCUUCCUGUCAGUCGGGUACUCCACCUGCCACUGGUGCCAUGUGAUGGAGGAGGAGUCCUUCAAGAACCAGGAGAUCGGCGAGAUCAUGAACAAGAACUUUGUGUGCAUAAAGGUGGAUCGUGAGGAGCGGCCGGACGUGGACAAAGUGUACAUGACCUUCGUGCAGGCCACCAGCGGCGGAGGGGGAUGGCCGAUGAGCGUCUGGCUGACGCCGGACCUCAAACCCUUUGUUGGGGGCACGUAUUUCCCCCCUGAGGACAGCGCUCAUCACGUGGGCUUCCGGACCGUGCUGCUCCGCAUCGCAGAGCAGUGGAGGCAGAACCAAGAGGCCCUGCUGCAGAGCAGCCAAAGGAUCCUGGAAGCGCUGCACUCCCUGUCCCGGGUCGGCACGCAGGACCAGCAGGCAGCCCCGCCGGCCCAGGAGGUGCUGGCCACCUGCUUCCAGCAGCUCUCCGGCUCCUACGAUGAGGAGUAUGGCGGCUUCUCACAGUGCCCCAAGUUCCCCACCCCAGUGAAUCUGAAUUUCCUCUUCACCUACUGGGCCCUGCACAGAACAACCCCAGAAGGGGCCCGUGCGCUGCAGAUGUCUCUGCACACCCUCAAGAUGAUGGCGCACGGGGGCAUUCAUGACCACAUUGGUCAGGGCUUCCACCGCUACUCCACCGACCGGCACUGGCACGUCCCACACUUUGAGAAGAUGCUGUAUGACCAGGGCCAGCUGGCGGCUGUGUACAGCAGAGCCUUCCAGAUCUCUGGUGACGAGUUCUUUGCCGACAUUGCUGCUGACAUCCUGCAGUACGUCUCGCGGGACCUGGGCAGCCAGGCUGGAGGCUUUUACAGCGCGGAGGACGCGGAUUCCUUCCCGACGGCCGCCUCCAGCGAGAAGCGGGAGGGAGCUUUCUGCGUGUGGGCGGCCGAGGAGCUCCGGGCUCUGCUCCCCGACCCGGUGGAGGGGGCUGCAGAGGGGACAACCCUGGGAGAUGUCUUCAUGCACCACUACGGGGUGAAGGAGGACGGCAACGUGAGCCCCAGGAAGGACCCCCAUAAGGAGCUGCAGGGCAAGAACGUCCUCAUUGUCCGCUCCUCCCCAGAGCUGACGGCCGCGCGCUUCGGGCUGGAGCCGGGGCAGCUCGGUGCCGUGCUGCAGGAGGGUCGGCGCAGGCUGCAGGCAGCACGGGCACAGCGCCCGCGGCCCCACCUGGACACCAAGAUGCUGGCCUCGUGGAAUGGACUGAUGAUCUCGGGCUUUGCCCAGACUGGGGCGGUGCUGGCCAAGCAGGAGUACGUGAGCCGGGCAGCGCAGGCGGCUGGCUUCCUGCGCAGACACCUCUUCGAGCCGGGCAGCGGCAGGCUGCUGCGGAGCUGCUAUGGCGGCGAGGCCGAUGUGGUGGAGCAGAGUGCCGUGCCCAUUCACGGGUUCCUGGAGGAUUACGUCUUCGUCAUCCAGGGUCUCUUUGACCUCUACGAAGCUUCCCUGGACCAGAGCUGGCUGGAGUGGGCGCUGCAGCUCCAGCACACACAGGACAAGCUCUUCUGGGACCCCAAGGGCUUUGCAUACUUUUCCAGUGAGGCUGGUGACCCCUCACUGUUGCUGCGCCUGAAGGACGACCAGGAUGGAGCAGAGCCUGCUGCCAACUCCGUCACCGUCACAAACCUGCUCCGAGCAGCCUCAUACUCCGGCCACACAGAGUGGGUAGAAAAGGCUGGGCAGAUCCUGGCUGCCUUCUCCGAGAGGCUGCAGAAGAUCCCGCUGGCCCUGCCGGAGAUGGCCCGGGCCGCUGCCGUGUUCCAUCACACCCUCAAACAGGUGGUGAUCUGCGGAGACCCCCAAGGAGAAGACACCAAAGAGAUGCUCCGCUGCGUGCACUCCACCUUCAUCCCGAACAAGGUGCUGAUGCUCGCAGACGGAGACCGUGCCGGAUUCCUCUACCGCCAGCUGCCGUUCCUGUCUUCCCUGGAGAGGAAGGAGGGCAAAGCCACCGCCUAUGUCUGCAGCAACUUCGCCUGCUCCCUGCCCGUCACCUCGCCCCGUGCGCUGCGGGAGCUGCUCUGCGCCUGAGCCCCAGUGCCCUGCCAGGAGGUGGGGGGGGGCUGGGCUGCACGGCCCCGCUGGUGCCCCCCCUGCACCUGUGCCCGCCUCGUCCUGCAGAGGGAAAAGAAAACAGAUAUGAGUCCCAGCGUUAA